AUGAAAUUAGCAGAGAAAGAUAAUGAACAAAAAAGUCAACAACUUGGGCUUUCUUUUGCUGAUCUUCCAAACCAUAUCAUUACCCACAUCCUGCUAAGACUUCCCUUUAAGUCUAUUCUGGUAUGUAAAUCUGUUUGCAAACGUUUGAACUCUCUUAUUUCAGACCCACAUUUUGCCAAGUUAUACUUUGAGCAUGCACCUACCGGUUUCAUGAUUCGGCCCGAUGAUCGAAACCGACUGUCAAGAUUUGUGCACCUUCUUGAGUAUGAGCCUGAAAAGUUUAACAGUAAUGAGGAUGGCCAAUGUUGUUACUGUAAGGAUGACUUUAUCAAACUAGAAUGCAACAACCAUGUAAAGCUUGAGCAUAAAUUCAAGCUUCCUAUUCAUGGUGGAAAUUCAUAUUUUCACAAAAGAAAUGGUCUAAAUAGAAAUGGUAGAAAAAGACCUCAUAUUGACUACGAGCCGAAAUAUGAUAAGUUUAAUGUGGUGAAUUCUUGUAGAGGUUUUCUUUGCUUGUCUGAUCGGGUCGGAGACUAUUUUGUUGUUUGCAACCCCAUUACAGGUGAGUUCAUCAGACUUCCAGAAGUAAUCAAAAUGGACAAAAACAAAUAUUUUCACCAAAGAGUAUAUCGUGGUUUUGGUUACGAUCCCAAGACUAAUGAGUAUAAGGUUCUGAGAGUAUUGAAAAGACUUCAAAAUCGGCGGCGGGUUACUAACAUUGUUAUGACUGCUGAUAUGUACACACUGGGAACAUCAAAAUGGAGGAAUGUUGAAGUUAAUCUUGAGAAUAUCUUCUGGCUUCUAUUUCCCACUUGCACAAAUGGGGCACUUCAUUGGAUUUGUUCUCAUGAUAAAAAAGGCUCAUUAUUGUGUUUCAACUUUGAAAGUGAGAGGUUCUAUUCUUUCCCUUCUCCUCCUGGUGUAUUCAAUGAAGGAAGCGAUGGUACAAAUAAUGUCAGCAUGGGAGACUUAGGGGGAUUUCUUUACAUAUGUGAUUCAUCUUCUCGGGAUACACCUGUUACGAUGUGGAUUAUGAAGGAAUAUGAUAUUGGUGGAUCAUGGACUAAGGUUUUCAACAUUGAUAUAAUGAGCAAAAAGUGUUGGCCUUAUGGUGGUAUAUAUUGGCCAGUAAAACACUUCAAUAAUGGUGCUGCUAUACUGAUGUGUCAUUCCUCCAUGUUGUUUAUCUAUUAUGAACCCCAAAAGUGUAUAUCCAAAUUUUUUGAGGUACGUGGGACACAAUCAAAAUAUUCGGAGGUAAUUCCACAUAUCCCUAGUUUCGUCUCAUUGAAGACUGUUAUGAAUGGAGACAAUAUCAGGCUGUUGGAUGUCAACUCACGGUAA